ACAGCUCCCACACACACUCGAGCUGCGGGGUUUAGCGUUACACAGCGGCGACCAGCAGGAGGAGGAUGGAGAUGCCGGAGGAGUAAUUGACGACAAAACAUCGACUUGUGGCGUUUCCCCCCUGAACAUUAUUAACGACGGACACACGAUUGAGAUGUUUCAGGCCACAGAGCUGAAUACCAGACUGCCUUCUACAAUCAAGAGAUAGCCAGUCUACCAGAUGGAGACCCAGGAGGAAUGACAAAGUCUCUUCCCCCUUGGGUGACACACCGACAGUUUGAGAAAAUGCACUGGGCUGGUGGAUACGUUUUUCUGGUCCUGGCAUCCCUUAUCGCCUCUCACACCAGCGGGGCCUUAUCGGUGGACACGGAGGGAAACCGCACGGAUAACGGCAACGUGACAGACGGCGGAUUUGUCCCAGUUGUGUUCACUAAAGUAAACCAGAUAAUUGCCCGGGAGGGUAGCUGCGCGCUGAUUGAUUGCAAUGUCACCGGAGAACCGGUCCCCAGCGUUCAGUGGUUCAAUUCCCACGGAGACCGCCUGGACACGGAGACGAACGGAGGGAAGUGGUGGCUGUUGGACGAUGGCGUCCUCAACAUUACCAGCAUCGAGUUUGCAGACCGCGGGAAGUACACCUGCAUGGCGUCCAACGUGCACGGCACCUCCAACUGCACGGUGACGCUGCGUGUCGUCUUCACCAACGGUGACAUGGGCGUGUACUACAUGGUGGUGUGCCUGGUCACCUUCACCAUCAUCAUGGCCCUGAACAUCACGCGCCUGUGCAUGAUGAGCAGCCACCUGAAGAAGACGGAGAAAGCCAUCAACGAAUUCUUCCGCACCGAAGGCGCCGAGAAGCUGCAGAAGGCCUUCGAGAUCGCCAAGCGGAUCCCCAUCAUCACCUCGGCCAAGACGCUGGAGCUCGCCAAGGUGACGCAGUUCAAGACCAUGGAGUUCGCUCGGUACAUCGAGGAGCUGGCGCGCAGCAUCCCGCUGCCGCCGCUCAUCAUGAACUGCCGCACCUUCAUGGAGGAGAUCCUCGAGGUGGUGGGCGUGGAGGAGAUGAGGCACACCUUCGUCAGACAAGCGCCCGAGGGAUGCCGCGAGGGCCCGAGCAGAGCCAUCAGGGCGAGAGACGUCUUCACCAUCCUGCAGGAGAGGGAGCGAGAGCGAGGGCGCGAGAGGGAGCGCAGCGAGUCCCCCGCCGGCGACUCGGACAACUCCUCUGUUCACGAACAGCCGCAGCACAUCGCCAUCCAGGUGUCGGUCCACCCGCAGCUCGCUGUCGGCGGUUACUGCGCAAUCGAAGCUCCACCUCCGCCAGAGAACGCUCCUCCCUCACCCUCACCGCUGACUCCUCUCCACCACUCGGAGCAGCCCGAGGAGGACCCUCACCCUCACCCUGACCCUGAACCUAACCCUGAGCCUGAGCCUGAGCCUGAGCCGAACCCCGACCAGGCCGCACCCGAACCGACUGAAGCUAACAAACCGGCUCCCUGCCAGGUGUCCUACGAGAGCAACGUGUGACCAAACAGACCAGAGGAGCGGCGAGUUAUCCUGCUAUGCAUUUCCACUUGAAGACAAAAAAAAAAAAAAAAAACAACAAAAAAAGGUCAACUAAACAUUUUUAGUUUCACAUUUUUGAAAGAAACAAUCACAUUUUUUUAAUCUUUUCUGAACGGAGCAAUCUCUUGAAACCUUUGUAGGCUGAACAAAAAAACAAAAGAAAAACAAAUCAGGAGGUUUUCAGACACUCGCGUUUCUCUCACUCUGGACUGUCAUGCUUGAAUGUAGACGGAAGGGGUCAAUCAGUAUAAUCGUUAAUGUAACAGGCAGCGAAUUGUAAAGGGACAUUUCUUGUGUUGAGAUUUUCAUAGCUCUGAUUAUUAUUUAAUGAUUUCGGGUACUUCUCUCCGGGGGAGGAGGGAGAGAAUCGACGAUUCUUCAGUUUUUAGUUUCUUACAGUUCUCUGGUUUUUACGACUAACUCUGGAAAUCUGCCUCAAGCUGCUACUCAUGUUGUUUUUAACGAACCAUGAACGAUCAGCUUCCUUUUACCUGCUCAAGAAUUCACAUCCAGCUACUGUUACAGCCGAUCCGCUGUUAUUGUACAAUGUCCUGCUCACCUAGAAAUGCAUGCUGGACUGAAAAAAAAAGAUUUGAGAGUUUGGUGGCCAUUUCAUGAUUGUAUCGCCUACAUGUGUUUCUACAAACGAAAACAAAACAAAAAAAAACCAACUAGUAGGCCAGAUAAAUGUGUGUACAGUGUAUUUCCUGAUUGGGUCACACACCUCUGGGUAGAGUUUUUGUCUUCUUUUCCUUUGAAAUAUUUUUAAGAGUAUUAUUAUAAUAAUUAUUAUUAUUAUUACCCAUCGUGGUGUGAUUUUUUUUUUUUUUGUUUCUCAGCUAGUGUUAAGAAUUAAUUUUUGUCUUCUUCCUCGUCGGUAGAAAGGAGGAGCUCGUUUUCUUCCACUGUUUCUAGAUGUUUUUAUUUCAUCCCUGACCCGAUCUCAGUAUGAUCGUGCUUCUGCAGAGGCUUUACAGUACAGUUGCGAAUCUGCUGCAUGUUGAAAGUGCGACAGUGGAGAUGUUUGACAUCUUUCUGUGGGACUUAAAGGACUCCUUCCUUCCUUCCUUCCUUCUUUCCUUCCUUCCUUUCGCUUGGCUAACGGUCCAGUCUGCGGUGGAGACGAACUGGAUGCUGUCCUGCUUUUACCGGUGCUCUUGAGAUGCCUCUUUUUUUGUAGUGGAAUAAAAUGGAAGUGCUGUGUAAACUGGU